CGUGCGAACGGUCAGAAUCAGAAAAUCAGCCGGUAACCGCGCGAUUGAAUUGAUUGAAACGGGUUAAACACUGCGUUAUUGUCGGAAUUUAGAACAAAAUCUAAUCAGGAAAUUGCUAUUUUAAACGAAAUAGUUGUGUAAGAAAAUAUUGUUUCUCAUGCAAAACUGGAUCGCAACAUUGCAGUAACGUUUGACGGAGAAAAUGGUGUUUCAGAUGGGGAACUUCUGGAGUACGGUGCUGCCGGCGGUGGCAAUCCUAUUUGUUGGAACCGUUGCCAUUGUCAACCUAUUUCUCAAUGUCAGAAAACGUUUCCCAGUUUGGGUGAACUGCUGGUUCUGCAACGGAAACUGUAAAGUUCUGUAUGAAAACGCCAACUCAUGGGUUUGUCCUAGUUGCACUCAGUACAAUGGGUUUACGGAGGACGGCGAUUAUAAUCGAGAAAUUCCGGAGCAGUACCAGUGCCGAUUGAACCCACGCUCCAACAUCACCGAUGAUGAUAAAAUUAGUUACUCUGUGCCAUACAAUGGGCUCUGUUUCGGCUGCAACCGCAAUCAGGAACUCAAGAUUCAUCAGUUAGCGUCGUUUGUGCCGGAUGUAGAGGAAAACUACGACGUCGAGGUGGAAGAAUAUCAGCGGCAAUUGGAACAGACGUACAAGCUGUGCUCGCGAUGUGAACGGGUUCUUAAACGAACUUUGAACGAAGUCAAACGCAAUAUUCUAGGUUCGAAACUAGCUCAAAUUGGAACCAGGGGACUGAAGGUACUCGAUUUGCACAUGGCCGCCAGUGACAAGCAGAAUGCAUUCCAGAAGCGACAGACUAUUGCUUCGGUUUGCUUGUGGAUGAUAAUUGUACUGUUGGUGGUGAAGUUAGGUCAACGAGCGGUUCAAUUUGAGCUAAACCGGGCCCAGCUGGAAAUGCUGUUCGGUUCGUCGGUGGCCCAAACGAUUUUGAUUGCUGUUUCGUACAUGCUUGCGUUUAAACACACCAUGAUUAAACUAUGGAAUAGCGUUUGGAACCAAGCAGCAGUGGUGGACGGUGUCGAUCAGUUGUGUGCGAUGAAGGAUUUUCUUAUCCACAGAUGGGACCUGCAUCGUGAAAAUAUUUCCGAAACUGUGUCAGAAAAAGUCGAGCAGUCACCGGAGCUAGCGGACAGUAAUGUUCUUCUAAACUUUGCCCUGUUAGCCUUGGCUGCAAUGUUGUGUGCCAAAUCGCAUAUCGACUGUGUUAAGCCAAUUGUUUUGAUGCUUUGCUGUGUUGGUGAAAUGCUGCUGCUUGGUGCCGAGUCUGGUUUAGCCUUUAUGGGAAAAGAAGUGUCACAUGAAUUGGUCGAGGUUUUCCUCUCUUCUAUUGCUCUAGUUACAGCCAUCGGCUGUAUUGGUCAAACAUCGCCUAAGAUUCAACCGUCGGACAAUCUGAACUCAAGUUUCCAUAAGAUCUACUCUCAGCAAGCAACCGAAUGUGAUUUUUCUGAUGCAUCGGAACAUCAUCUACAGCAGCAGUCCUCAACCGUUGAUGUGAGUGCUAGGUCUAUGGACACAACAAAAUCCAUGAGUCCUUCCGUUUUGACUGCCUCGACUGUCCGUCCCUUCCUAGACUGUUCCUUCAGUACCGUGUCUUCACCGAAAUCAACUUUCAAUGGGUCUGUUUUAAAUGUUAAUCGUUUGAAUACCACUCUGCAAGAGCAUUCGCCUAGAACAUAUAGCCGUCAAAGUUUCCCUCAACCGGAGAGUUCUUUGUUGAAGACAGCUUCCUUCUCGGUUGAUAACUUUACAACGGCUGCCGUUGCGCCUAGCCAACACGGUCUCAACAAAUUUGGCUACUCAAUGAAUGCAUUAAAUAAUGCGGCCUUCAUGGAAGACCGCUUCGGCGACGAUAUCGAUCGGCUUAGUAUCAGUGGCCGACUGUCGACUUCCCGAAAAGAUCUAUCGAUGGUGAAUAAUCCGUUCGCCACACACCAUGUCGAUAAUGAUGAUAGCAUCUCGCUGCGUCAUCGAAAUUUUACAAUUUCACCCCCGAAAUUGGGUGCAAUCGCUGAAUCCGGUAGUUCCUGGAUCGCAGGAGGUUACUGGGGCAUGUCGCCGCAGAAGAACGAUGCCGAAUCGGAUGCCGGAAACGUUACUCUGGUGCAAAAACCAUUCAUGUCUAGAACAUCCUCGCAAAGUUCCGGCUUCGAAUCACAACCGACUCGUCGUCCUACACCCGAAGAACCACCAACCGACCUGGAUCGUAUUUCACUGUUUUCCGAACCGGCUGCUAUUUUUCAUCAACCCAAACAAUCAAAUCCUCGUCUGAAUCAAACGCUCACAUUUCCGGUACCACAACAUUCGCCGGUUCCAUCGUUCAUCUCGUUAGCCAGCAACAGCAGCCGGAAUCUGUUCGGAGAACAAAGUCUCUUUCAGCCGUACCCAUCGUUCAGGAGGACACUAUCACAAAGGCAGCCCUUCCCGCCGCAGCAAUCACAAACACCGCCCGUAUUCGGUGCCGGACAACCCGCCGCUACUCAGUUCCAUCACCUUUCGGCCGGAUUCGGUUCAUUCUCACAACCCGGUAAUAAAUCGAUAGAUACUGCCCAAACCAACCACAGGCGCAGUUUGCUUAACCUAAGUAAAUUGGGCGAAUUAGCGGAAGAGAGUUAUUCCGCUGCGGAUAAAUGAAUGGUUUGUAGGAUUGUCGUAUUUUUUUUCUUUGUUCAUUUUGUUUUAGAUUAAGAACGUGUAUAGUUUUAAAUUUCUGUUUUCGUAAUCAUUAAGUGUAGUACAAGGCCCCCGGAAAAGUUUCAUUUUUGUGUGAUAAUACUCGACUGAUGUGAAAAUGAAUAAUCAUUGCCUAGCAUAGUCCUAAUUUUCGAAGUAGUUAAGGAAGAAAAAAAAACAAACAGAAUCAUCAAUACUGCCGCACACGCACACAUUCACACACACGCACACUCAGGCAAAAGUCGUUAGCAUUUUUAACCUGAUUCAGUUGAAUAUAUCGAUAGAAGAGCCGAGAGUAUGCGAGAAAAAAAAUUGUUUACAUAAAUGCUGAAUAAAUAAAUGAAUACUUUAUAUA